CAGGGUGUGCUGCAGAUUCAACUGCGCAGGUUAGGCGCUGCUGUCUUGGGUAUUGUUUCGCCUUCAGUAUGUGGAGAAUGGAGGAGAUGUAGUGCGACCGAAGGUCCGAAUCUACGCGUUCGGUUCAGCAGCCAGUCACGAUGGAGCUGCCAAAGCUGUCCAGAUGGCCAGUGUUCAGUCUUCUCUCUCUGGAUUUCCUCCAGAGUGUCAGGCUGGGGUGUGUGUUCGGCUCGGCUGGCAAUGAGGCAGUGGUGGUCUGCGUCAACUCUGACGUGUAUGCUCUUGGCUCCAACACAAAUGGUUGUCUUGGUGUCGGAGACCUGAGGAGCUCUCUUCAACCUCGCAAGGUCGAUGCUCUCUGCGGGAAAGGUAUUGUCCAUCUGGCGUAUGGCAGUGGGCCUCACGUCGUGGCUCUGACUUCCAGUGGAGAUAUUUAUUCCUGGGGACAUAAUGGAUACGGACAGCUCGGUCUUGGAGCCAGUGUGACGACGGGACAAGGGACAAUCCCACGGAAAUUGAGUGGGAGUUUUUCAGGGGUUAAAAUUGCCAGUGUGUCGUGUGGAGGACACCAUACGGUUGCCGUGACAGCAUCAGGAGAGGUCUAUUCCUGGGGCUAUAAUAACUGUGGCCAGCUGGGAACUGGAGACACCGUCAACUACACGGCACCUAAGAGAGUGGAAGGAGGAGCACUAGGGACUGUUAGGUGUGUGUCGACUUCGUGUGGAUCAGCAUGCUCCUUUGCCAUCUCUCAACAAGGAGAGUUAUUCUGCUGGGGCUACAAUGGGAAUGGUCAGCUGGGGAUCAGUAACAACACGAAUCAGACUCUCCCGUGUAAAGCGAGGAUGCCUGAGAGCACUCCUAUCAUUCAGGUUGCGUGCGGAGCCUCUCACACAAUGUGUCUGUCGGACGAAGGCCUCCUCCUCACGUGGGGCUCCAACACCUGUGGUCAGCUGGGGACGGGGAACAAGACAAACUCCAGCACACCCACACACACUGCUGGCGACAUCGACAGGUUAGUCGAGAUUGCUGCAGUCCACAACAGCAACAUUUCAGCUGCAUCUGUAGUCAGUGGAAAAGUGUACAUGUGGGGAGUUUGUAGAGGCCAGAACGUUCUCUCGCCAAUGGAGACCAACUUUUCUUCGCUGGACGAAGUCUUUGCCUGUUUCGCCUCACCUCCGUGUACCUGGAAGCCUCUGUCUUUAGAGAGUGAUGACUCCAGUGGGUUAGUGAGCUGCAUUGCCGGCAGAUUCAAUGACCCCAACACAUCAGACGUGGCGUUUGUCGUCGAAGGAAAGAAGAUUCACGUUCACAAGGCUAUCUUGCGAAUGAGAUGUGAGUACUUCAACUCCAUGUUUCAGCAAGGAAGAUGGAAUGAAGCCGAAAAAGAUGCAAUUGAGAUCCAGCAGUUUUCGUACGGAGUCUAUCACAGUUUCCUGAAAUACCUGUACACUGACAGUGUCGACAGUGCGACAACGGAAGAGACAGUCGAGUUGCUGCAUCUCUCAGACUCUUACUGUGAGAGGCAGCUGAAGAGGGCGUGUGAGAAGAUCCUCUGGCAGAGCGUGUCCGUGGAGAAUGUCACAGGUCUUAUCGCUGUGGCAGACAAGUAUAAAGCUGAGAGUCUCAUGGACUACUGUUUCAAGUUUGCCUACCAGCACAUGACACAGGUAGCCCUAUCUGGUGGAUUUGCCGAGCUCGAUGGAGCACUGGCCAAGCAGCUCACGGUGAAAGCAGCAGAAAUGGGCAUUUUCAAGACUUGAGGCUAAAACUGAAGCCCAUUUUUCAGUCUCUAGCGUUAUAAUAUAUCACUUCAUAGAGCAAAGUUUCGUUGGAGAAGUAUUUAUUUAUUUGUUUUUUGGUAGCUUCAUGAGUUUUUGGUCUUUUAGCCAGGAAAAUGCUAGUAUUCCAGUUUUAACCCAUUCUUCUUUGUUUUGUGUUAUUGUUUUGUUUUUUUGUAGUCAUAUCAUUCACUAUCAGUAUUUGCCAUUGUAGUAUAGCUACACAUUUGUCAUAUCAAUUUGAUACCACUUAUUUCAUAGUUCUUGCUUGUUGUGCAAAGGUUUCAUUGUAGCUAAAUGAAAGGGUCACUACUCAGCUAAGCACCUUAAAAAUCAGAUUAUUUAUUUUAUUAUACGAUUCAAACUGUGUUACACAGCAAAGAUUAAUAAACCACGACAUCAUUUUAAUCAUCAGGUACAACUGAUCAGGGCUUCCUCCAUCUGUAUGCAUAGGAUAUGCAAUUACUGAAACUGUAUUGAAACUGUAGCUUCACUGGCAUUUGAAGGCCCCGCCCA